ACGGCCAGACCCACCGGAGUACAGGUGAGCGGCAUUCACCAAACAAGAAAGGAGUCGUGGGAUCCCCAUCUGUGGCCGCGAAACUCUGCAGAUUCUUGUCACCUGCAGCCUAUUAUGUUUAUCUAUACAGGGUCCUUCUGGGGAGAAAAUGAACACGGAGAGUGAUUAAAGUGCAUUCACCAGCACAUUAAGCAGUAUUUUUUUUGGCUGACUGGUUGAACAAACAGAACCCACACAUCAAAUCUUUUUCUACAUGGUUCAGUUGUGAAGCUGUUGACCACAGAAUUACUUAAUUCAUGACGAAUCCAUUGCUGCAGUGUGCUGAUACAUUUUAGUAUUAUUCAAGACUACCACCAAAAGAAAUAAAAACUUUCCCUCCCAGUCGCGGUUUCCUGAAAAAAAAGCAGAAGAAAGGAAUCGAUUAUCUUGCUUUCAGAGACUGUAUCUGGCUUUAAUGUAUGAGAAAUAACACAGGACCUCGGAAUAGAGGAACUCUAAUUGAAUGCUUUUGAACACUGAAUACAAACCAGUCGCUGGAAUGACCUUUCCAGAGUGAAAUGUUAUUCCUCGCAUGCACCUAACAGCAGGAAGCUACCAUAUACACAGUUCCCCUUCACGUCACCGUAGAGUUAUGAUCUCCAAGAUAAAGGGCAGAUCCUUUUCUCCGAAAGAAAAGUCAUCUGCGGGCUGCUGAGGUUGGGAUGCAGACAAAAAGCAUGUUUUGGUGACCAAAAUAGAAAAGGAGGAAGAGCAACAUCUGGGAAAGAAGGAAGGAGUAUUAGAGAGAUGCACAUAGAGACAACUGGACUAUUUCUUAGCACUCUAUGCCAGGUUUUUAACAGAGCACAACAAACUUGUGCAAUUUUCGUGGCGUUUGUCCAUGGGAACUCAUCCAAGACACAUUGGAGCUGACCCUCCUGGGAGGUCCUGUUAGACAGAGAGCAACAUUUCAUGAAGACCAAAGCAGGAGCACACUUCUUCCGUCAAAACUUCGGCUGUCUGCAGGACAACAUUUGGAAGGAUUACUGUUGAAAGUGGAUCUACGACUGGAAGCAGCAACCUGGAACGCUGAGCUACUACUUUCUGUUUUUGUGUGUUUUCUUUAUUCACUGGCCGCCAGUAAGGAGUAAAACUUCCACCUUCCAAACGGACUGACGGCUUCAUCUUAGCAGGACAGACUGAAACAGAGGCGUCCUUUUGUGGGUAGCAAUGGAGAAGGGACAUACGUCUAUCAGGAGAGGGGUGAGCUGGAGUCCAGGUGGAUUGAGAAAACCUCUACAGCUCACGCAAGACAUGCACACCCCCGGGACAGACUACAAUGCAUCAUGGGAGAAGACGGAAGAACACAUGAGCCGGAAAACAAAUCUGACCAGGAGUGCCAGUUUAUCUGAGAAGGAGCUUAAGGAGGCUCGUGUCAGGAGUCAGAUCAUUGCCGCUCAGCUCACCAUCCCUUCCAACUCCAGCUCCAGGGGUGUGCAGCUCUUCAACCGCCGCAAGCAGAGAGUCAAUGCCUUCACGCUCCAAAGCUGUGGCGAGAGGUCAGAUGAGGACAAAGCUGAGGAUGUGAAAACCAACGCCUCAUCCAACAAACUAACAUGGGCAGAGAAAAGCAGUGAGGAAAAGGAUAGAGACCUGAACUUUAAGAAUAACACUACCAAGCCACUCUUCUCACCACCAGUAGGGGUACAUUCAGUAGGCGAUAUCAUGGACGCACCAGGUAGAGAUUUCCACAAAGAGGAAGACAUGGAGGGCAAUGUUAUCCAGGAGAGACAUUUCCUCCCUGUCAAGGAAGAGCAGGAGGAAGAGGAAGAAAUAAGGGAUGAAAUCCACGAGGAGCUAGCGGACAGCGUCAGGCAUCCCCCAGGAAGUAAUCACACUGAUCCAGUCAUGAUGGGACAUGCUGAAAGGGAAGUAGAGAUAAAUGGGGGCCACACGGGGCCAGUUCCUGCCGCAAAGCUUCUUAAUGGCUGUCACAGUACCUCUGGACCUGAGAGAGCAUCUUUAUCCACAUCCAAGCAGUCGGCCUCCAUCACCAACAGAACUGCCAGGCCCUUUUUCUCACCGCCAACAGUGCAAUCUCCAGAGGCAGGCAGUCCUGUCAUGGACAUGCCACCUCCUCCUUCUUACUCCACCCCUCCUCUACCUGCUUUCACUGUACCCCAACCUGCUGUGGCCUCACCUCCACCUCCCCCUCCAUCAUAUCCCACACCUCCUCUACCAGCAUUCACAAACCAACCCCCUCAGACGUACUACUCAAGUCCACCUCCGAUGUCUCCUGUCAUGUCCCCUUCCUCUCCUCCACCAUCCCAUUUCCCUGGUUCUCAGUACCCACCUAUGCCCCACUAUGGCCCUCCAACAGCCCCAAAGCCCUCCACCUUUAUUCCUCCUCCUGCCGGGGAGAGGAAUGUGGCAACACCAAUCAAAACAGGCAUACUGGAGGAGAGUGCUGCCAAGAGGGCAAAUAAAAAGUCAAUGUUCACAUUCAAAGAGAAGCCAAUCUUAGCUCCGAACCCUGAGCUGCUGUCUUUGGUGCAGGGGGCAGAUGAAAGGAAGAAACAUGGACUCAAGUCUGUGCCUGAGCCACAGUCCGAAGAAGAGCUACUGGCUCUGGGUGCAGAGGCCUCCAACUUCCUUGCCAAGGAAGAGGUAAAGGCGGAAGGAGCAAGAGCUCCAGAGUGGGCUUCUUGUCUCAAGAGCUCGAGGACCCGACCGAGGGCAGAGCACCGGCCAGAGCAGACCCUUACCAAUGUGUCAGGAAAAGGGGCUGAGCUGUUUGCCAAGCGUCAGUCAAGGAUGGAAAAAUACGUUGUUGAGAAUCAGAAUCCAGGACAAAUUAGGUCUCCUUCUCCCACAAUGUCUCUGCCACCAUCCUGGGUUUAUCCAUCAAACAUGCCUGGUAGGGUCAAGGCCAUUGCUAAAAACUCUGACAUCAGUGCUCAGCUUUCACAGAAUCUAAAGGCCCAACAGGCAGUGAAGCAAAAACCGAGGCCGAGAGCUGCAGCACCGGAGCCAGUUCCCGAGCCUCCGCCUUUAGAGAACGGAUGCUCCAAGAUUGAGAUGGACUUGUCAAGGCACCGCCCAUACCAGCUCAGCUCUUCUCUCUUCAUCCUAAACCCCGUCAAGGACCCCAUCAGUACCCUUCCCAGAGGAGCACCACAGGCCAAGAACCUAAUGGCCCCCCAAACUUUCUCAAGACAGACUUCCUUACCAACCAGCCCCCCCUCACACUUCCAGUGCAUGUCUCCUCAGCUGCCUCUCAGCCCCACAGGAGGACCAGAGUAUCCAUCCAGUCCAGCCCCUGGACAUCCAAGGAUCAGUUCUCCAAUGUCUGCCUUUUCUCCAGAGCGAGUGUCCUCUCCUCGGUCAGGAGUAAAAGCACCGAGGCCCACAUUUUCUGCCAAGAAGGCAGGGAUUGCCCCACAGACAUCAAAGGAAUCCUCCCCUGUUGAAAUUCCCAGUGAGACACCAACACCAACCAGGACCCCCAGCCUUGCCAGACGUUUCAGCAGCCCAGCAGGUCCAUCCACUGGAACCUGGACAUCCAACCUCCAAACCAGCCACCCCUCCACCACCAUCUCUAGCUCUAUCCGAUCAGUCACUUCUCCUGUAUCCUCUCCCAGUAGUACAAGAUGCCAGUCCCCUAUGGCCAGUCAGAAUAUUCAGUUUUCCACUGUUAACUCCACUUCCGUAUCCAGACCCUCCCAAACACCUACAGCCACCUCUCCAUGGGGUUCAAGAUGUCAGUCCCCAAUGGUCGGCCAGUCCCCCACUAUUUCUUCCACUCCUGCUUUCAAACCUUCCCAAACUUCUAAAAUCUCUUCUCCACUUUCUCCUCCUUGGGGUGUAAGAAGCCAGUCCCCAAUGGUCACCCAGAAUAACAAGUCCUCCACUGCUGCCUCCUUCUCUACAUCCAGACCUUCCCAGACAUCUGCAGCCACAUCCCCAUGCUCUCCUCCUUGGGGAUCAAGAUGCCAGUCCCCAGUGGUCAGCCACAAAACUCAGUCUUCCACCCAUUCCUCUAUCCCUACAUCCCCACCAUCCCAAAUUUCUACAGUUGCUUCUCCUCCUUGGGGAUCAAGAUGUCAAUCCCCAUUUGUGAGCCAGAAUGCCCAGUCCUCCAGUGCCUUUAUUUCCACAUCCAGGCCCUCCCAAACAUCUACAGCCACAUCUCCUGUAUCUCCUCCAUGGGGCUCACGUUCCCAGUCUCCUGCACCUUUUCAAACUAGUUUGUCCUUCCCUGCCACCAAACCUCUGCACACAUCCUCUGCCACCUCUCCUGUUUCUCCACCCAAAGACAGUCGCUGCAUGUCCCCCAUUGUUAACAACCUAGACUCUAAAGCCAACCAUCGCCUCUUGGCCAAAAAUAUCAUCAAUGCAGCCAAACGUAAAAACAGCCCCUCCCCUGGUGCACUGAGCGGUCACAGCCUCCCCAUCUCUCCUCUGGGAAAUUCCCACCACGGCUACGACUGUCAUAAACCACCCAUCAGUCCCUUCCAGUCACGGGCACUGGGCUCCCAGUCUCCAACUUUCACCAGCCCUCCUCCCACUCCAACUCAGAGAAUCUGCUCACCUGUGAGGCUCUACAACACUCGCUCCCUAACCGACUCUGAUGCCUCCGUGGAGUCUGAGGACUCGGGCCUGCGAUCACCUGGCCUGCACUCCUACAACACCUGCCCCCGUGGCUGGGGAGGGAGCCUGAGGGUGAAGAGAAGCACCGUCUCCACUGACCUGUGAGGGUGUCACUGGAUGUUAACUAACGCAUUACUUUCAUAGACGUUUGAGGCAUUGGAUCGCUCAGUAAAAGACUUCCUGAUGAAGUUUCAUCAGGCUAUUAUGACACAAGUUACCUUUCUGUGCCUUUGAUUGCUGAUUCUAGACAACGGUAAAUAUUGUAUUGAGGUAGUUUUAGUAUUUUAUAUAACUCGCAUUCAUAGUAAGGUCUGACAAGAACAAGCUUUUUACAAACUGCAUUUUGCUGGCUUGUACGCUUUUUACAUACCAAAAAGUGCAAAGACUCGAAAUAACCAAAGAUAUCUGAAUUCACUUUUAAUAAAUAUCAUACUUUUACACCUUCUUUACCACAAACAUACCUUCACAGUCACUAUUACAGUUAAACAUUUUUCAGUGGAGUGUCAGUUUUAAACAUUAUUAAUGCGUUACUAUAUUUGCUGGUCAGAUGCAAGUAAAAAUGGGAAGCGAUUUGAACAUUUUCAGGCAUACAAGGGACACAUGGAAUAUGUAAAUAUAUAGCUCAGUGGACUGUACAGUGCUUUGUUUGAGGCAUUCUUGUUGUAUUGUGGUAACGAAUAAUCAAACUAUACAGUCAGCUCAGUUCUGGGUAAAAUGACUUUCCAUUAUUUUUCCAUCACAAAAACACAGUGGUAGGUAGGACACAUGCUACUCACGUUAUCAUGAAAGGUGAAGGUAUUUGCCACGGUUUAUUAUCCAUUUUAACCAAUGUUGAAUAAAUCACAUGUAUAAUUAUCUCAGUGCAAUAAUCAGUUUACUGCAGUGUACAUAUGUUGCUCGAAGUACUGGAUUUGCUCACGUGAAUGUAAGUUGUAGAGACAGACUGACGAAGAAUGACAGAAAAAGGGAGCGUUGAACAGGAAGAGUUACGUGAAGGUGAAAUAGGGCAUUGACAUACCUGUUUAAUCAAUCACUGUUUCCACGUUUCAGGAGAAAGAUGUCAAAGUUGUUGUUUGUGGAUCACAAAUAGACUUUUUUUUUUUAUGUGUCAGCGAAGUCUUUUAGGAGGAACUGAUUCAAAUGUAUUGUCUGUGUGGAUGAGCCUGUUUGUCACUAGAAGGUGCAAGAUGUUGUUGAAAAAAAAGAUUGGAAGAAUGUUGCAUGUUGUAAAGCGUCUGUGAGGAGAAGAUCGGAGGAAUGAUAUGUAUUUUAAAUACAUAAAAAAAACUCUAAUGUACAUUCUCUUUAACUUCUAAAGUUUCUUUUUAUACUUGAUUUGCACUUCUGCUCAUUCCAUUCCAAUGGCUAAAAUGGCAUUGUUCAAAACUUGAUACGCGCAAACAGGUGUCAUUCCCAUUUAAGCUGCAAAUUAAAGGCCUACUGUAAAAAAAAAUAAAAAUAAUUAGGCCAGCCAAGUGUAAUGCAACAUGUUGAUAUGAUGAUGGCAAUUAGCUGCAAACAUGACUGCUGCCAGAACUAGCUCUCUGUUUCAAAUGUGGAACUAUUUAACACCAUUCCCACCUUAACCCCAGUUCUGUUCCAGCACAACAGAUCAUCCCUUCGUCCCCCCUGCAAGACUCGGUCGGCCAAAAGCAUCAGCACAUUUCUAAAUAUUUACUCUGUGCGUCUUUUGAGUGACAGGAACUCCUGCUGCAUGGUGACCUGGUUCCUUCAGCAGGAUUGAGAAUAUCACUGUCAUGAUUCGGUUUCGACCUGGGUCACCUCUGGACAGACUCGAACAGAGAAAAGUUUUUGAGUUUGCAAGCAGGUGUUUCUGGUUCUGUGGUCGUAUUCCUGCCCUGUUACUAUCCCAACUCAUGUUGCAUUUCGUAACUGUAUAAUUUCUGAAUGAAUUAAUGCAAAAUAAAAGAUGACACACCAAAUUAAA